ACCCCGUCCGGCGCCGCGCUGCAGUUCCCACCCGAGUCGCGCGCCGUGCACGCACCACCCCGCCGCUCGCCGCACCUCCACCUGCGUACGCCCCCGGGGCACCCGCCCUCGCCGCCAGCCUCGGCCAGGCGCUGCCAGCCGACACAGCGGCUCGUUGGCAGAGCGUCGGGGGCCGAGCGGCAGGCUGCUCGUACGUGCGCAUCAGGCUGGACACCUCUGCGCGCCAGGUCGCCUCUCGAGCGGGGCUUGCAGCGCUCAGGCAUCGUUGCCUUAGCAUCGCGGAUCUUCGCCUGCCUCGACCCGGCCCGCACAAGUGUCAGCUGUCUGCGCUCGGCAGCCGUCAGCGGCGGCGAAGAGGGCACGUCGACGCGUCCUGGCCGUGAGGCUGCGUUGGCACAGCACCCUGCGCAUGCUGGCAGUGCAGCCGCACGCCGCUGCCAUGGACGAGCACGUCGCCAUCUCCGAAGCAGAGCCCGAGAUCUCAGUGGGCAGCUUGGCGGAGGACGGAGCUGUCGAAGCGCGUCGUGACGCCGAGCCAAGCGCCAUCGACUUCGACACGUACAUCCUCGGCGGCUAUGCCCAGAGCCGGGAGCUCGAUGCCGAUGCAGCGGCAGCAGAAAGCGCCGCAGUCGUGGCAGCAGCAGCGGCGCAAGCGAGCCCGCCUGCAUACCAGGACGCAUCAGGCUCGUCCAGCUUCCAGCCUCAUCCCGCACAUCCUCACCUCGGCGCUGCAGCCGCGGCGCUGUCGAACGGAGAGAUCCCGCGCAUCGAAGCGCCAGAGGAUGACGGUGGAGGAGAUUCAGCGGCCGCCGCAGUCGACGAUGGCGAAGCACGCGAGUCGCCUUCGUCAGGCAAGGCAGCCAGUCGCUCCUUGCAGGCGCCGGGCGCGAACCGUCCCAUCACGCCGUAUGCGCGCACUCCCGAGCUGCGCGUCAGCCACAAGCUCGCUGAGCGCAAGCGGCGGCGCGAGAUGAAGGAUCUGUUUGAGGAUCUGCGAGUAGCACUGCCGGAGGAGAAGAGCCCGAAAACGAGCAAGUGGGAGAUCUUGUCAAAAACGAUCGAGUUCAUGCACGCGAUGCGCGACGACAUCCAGCUGCUGCGUCAGGAGAACGACCUGCUGCGCGCCGAGGUGGAGCGUUGCGGCGGCACGCUGCCGGACCCACCGGUCGCACCUGAGCCGGAGCCGCAGCAAGGAGAAGAGCAGGGCGCUAUGGAAGCCGAUCAGUCGAUGGCCGACGACGAGCAUCUACAUCACCAACACGAGCUGCACCAGCACGAGGAGCAGCAGGAGCAGCAUCCGACUGAGCAGCUCGACGGCGAUCAGAGCAUGCUGGCGCCUCCGCAAGAGCUGUCGCAGCAGGAUGGCGGCCACGUCGACGACGGCAUGCAGCAGCAGCCGCUGACUGAGGAGGAACAAGCGGCGCAGGCGCAGCAGCAAGACGCCGCCGCCUACUUCGCCACGGCAGCCGAGCAGCACGCCGACGACGCGCAUCAGCAUCCUGAGCAGCUGCUGGAAGACCACCACCACCAACAUUUGGGCGACGAGGCUGCGCUGCAACCUGAACAUCUCGAGGCGCUCGCCUCUCAUGCGCUGCACGCCGCCGACGCAGAGCACUACGACGAGCAGCAGCAGCUCGAGCAGUACCACGAGCCUGGCAUGGGCGACAUGCACGCACAGCAAGAUAGCGAUGCGCAGCAAGUGCACGCCGAUGCCGACGACAAGACGCAGCAUCCGCAGUAUGCUGAGCUCGAGCAGCCCGAGCAUGCCGCACAGCACGAUGCGCAACAGCAGCAGCAGCAGCAACAGCAGCCGGGCGACUUGCUGCUCGACGACGUCGACGUGUACAUGCCGCAGUGAGCCGCGCGCGCAGAAGUGGCCGCAUCCCGCUCGGCGCACUGCGUCAUCAUUCUCUCUUCUCUCCUCCGCCCGUGCAUACCUCUGUCACACGCCUCCUUGGUCCGGCGGUCAGCGCCUCGCGCCGGCCGCCUCUGCAGCGUCACCUGUCUUCCUCGCAAUCACACCACCUGAGCAGCCUCACACAUCCUCACACGCAGCG